GUAUUUGUUAGUAUUCUGUAGUAUUUCGAGAACAAUACUACACAAGAAGUUAAAAGUUAUAUUCAAGAAAUUUUCAAGCCAGUGUUGUGCUACAUUGUGAGUCAUUACAAAUAAAAGCGCUUUGCUUUUGAAUGUGGUGUUAAAAUUUUAUGGAAAUUAGUGAUUCCGUUUAUUAUUCACUGUUGGCUUUGGUCGUCGUGCCUGUUUACCUAUUUUUCAAUCUUUGGUCGUGGUUAGGUUGGGAAUUGUACAAAAAUAAUUGAUAAAAAAAAUGAGCGGACCCAACUUUGAAAGUCAGCAAAAAAACCUCAGUAACAUGAAGAAAAAUCUCACUCUUGAUCUUAAUCAGUCGAAAAUGAACAUGAACCUAUCGUUAUCCCCCGACAUCACGUCCGUCCUCAAAGUAGAUACCCCUGACCUCCUCAAAGUGGACACACCCACCAUUGAGAACAUCAUCUUGGCGAAUAAUAUUUCACACACGCCUUCCCCUUCACUUAUCUUCCCGCGGGACGUCACUGUGGAGCAAGAGAAGUUUGCAGGCGGUUUCGUCGAAGCGCUUAAUUAUCUUCACAAUGGCAAUUCUCAGCAAGGUUCUGACAGUAAUGCCAGUACGGUUUACAGCGAACAGCAGAAUUUCAUGCCUGUGAUCAAAGAGGAGCCCCAAACGGUGCCCAACGUGAAUAAUACGCCCCCAAUGUCUCCUGUCGAUAUGGAAUAUCAGGAAAGAAUGAAAUUGGAGCGAAAGAGACAAAGGAAUAGACUCGCAGCCUCUAAAUGUCGUUCCCGCAAAUUGGAACGAAUCUCGAAAUUGGAGGAUAAAGUCAAACUGUUGAAAAGUGAGAAUGUUGAAUUGGCUUCAGUGGUCAACCAGUUGAAGGAACACGUGGGGAUGCUCAAAUUGGAAGUGAUGGAACAUGUGAAUGCUGGCUGUCCCAUCAUUGCGGGACAGUUUUAAGGAUAGAGUACGAUUUAUAUUUUUUUAUAAAAAUUAUACACCAGAGUGAUUUUUUUAUAUUUUGGUGCUGAGAUAUUCAUAGUUGUAGCUUUAAUACUGUGACCAUAUUUUGUAUGGAGCCAUUUGAAUUGUAUUAUUUACGGUAGAUUUAGCGCGAUUUGUUUUAUUUUAUGUAGUUUAUCACAUUUUUAUUAAUAAAAAUUGUCUCAGUAACAA